AUGGCCCCGGUGCUGCUGUGGCUGCUGGCGCUGUGCGCGGGGGGCCCGGCGGGCGCGCAGCCCCCCGCCGCCGAGCCCGCCUGCCCCGUCUGCCUCUGGCGGCGGCACAGCAAGGAGAUGCGGCUGGAGAGCAUCAAGUCGCAGAUCCUGAGCAAGCUGCGCCUCAAGGAAGCGCCCAACAUCACCCGCGAGGUGGUGAACCAGCUGCUGCCCAAGGCGCCGCCGCUCCAGCAGAUCCUCGACCUCCACGACUUCCAGGGCGACUCGCUGCAGCACGACGAGUACCUGGAGGAGGACGAGUACCACGCCACCACCGAGACCGUCAUCAGCAUGGCCCAGGAAACGGACCCCGUGGUGCAGAUCGAGGGCAACCCCCACUGCUGCUUCUUCAACUUCAGCCCCAAGAUCAUGUUCACCAAGGUGGUGAAGGCCCAGCUGUGGGUGUACCUGCGGCCGGUGCAGCACACCUCCACCGUCUACCUGCAGAUCCUCCGCCUGAAGCCGGUGACGGAGGAGGGCAGCCGCCACAUCCGCAUCCGCUCGCUCAAGAUAGACCUCAACUCCCGCAUCGGGCACUGGCAGAGCAUCGACUUCAAGCACGUGCUGCAGAACUGGUUCAAGCAGCCGCAGAACAACUGGGGCAUCGAGAUCAACGCCUUCGACCCCAACGGCAACGACCUGGCCGUCACCUCGCUAGGCCCUGGGGCCGAAGGGCUGCACCCCUUCAUGGAGCUGCGGGUGCUGGAGAACAACAAGCGCUCGCGGAGGAACCUGGGGCUCGACUGCGACGAGCACUCGACCGAGUCACGCUGCUGCCGCUACCCGCUCACCGUCGACUUCGAGGCCUUCGGCUGGGACUGGAUUAUCGCCCCCAAGAGAUACAAAGCCAACUACUGCUCGGGGCAGUGCGAGUACAUGUUCAUGCAGAAGUACCCGCACACCCACCUGGUGCAGCAGGCCAACCCCCGGGGCUCGGCGGGGCCCUGCUGCACCCCCACCAAGAUGUCCCCCAUCAACAUGCUUUACUUCAACGAUAAACAGCAGAUCAUCUACGGCAAGAUCCCGGGCAUGGUAGUUGACAGAUGUGGAUGCUCUUAGACCCCAGCUGGUGCUGCCCCUUCUGCCCUGGGCCCCCCACUUCCAACCAACAAACUCAUCUUUUCCUCCACUGUUUUUAUUAUUAUUAUUAUUAUUAUUUUUAUUUUUAUUUUUUACAUACAAAGAACAAACGUUGAAAUUCCUUUGAAUGUCGGGGAACGAGAGAGAAUAAAAUCCCACGGAGAAAUACUGCACCAAACCUGCGCUUCGACAUGCAUCGUGCAAUAAGCAACCGUACAGAGGAGGGCAGGGGCAGCCCGGCCUGCGGCCCCCGGCCGGAGCCACCGGAUCGGAUGGCACCGCAGCCCCGGAGAGGCUCUGUCACCGAGAGACUCUUCUUCCAUCUGGGUUUCUCUGGCUUAAAACCAAACCGGGGACAAUUCGUGUGGCUACAGCGAUGUGGAGGAGCCAGCGGCCGGCACAGAGGGAGACUUCCCGGGUCGCCGGUGUUUCUCUCGGAGGAGCAUCCCUGCAUGGCCCGCACCGGAGGCGACGGCCGGGGGUCCUGCCGGGCCGGCACGGCUCCGGCGCCUCGCUCAGCGCAUCCAGCCCGUUCCCAAAAGCCUCCAGUGCAGCGCAAGGACGGGGAGCCCCGGAGCCCUGCCGCAGCGAGGACCGCGGGAGCCCUCGGGGCCGCUGGGCCACCCACGCGCGGGCAGCAGGUCCAGCCCGGGAGGGACCCGUCUCCCUUGUUUAAUUUAUUUAUUUAUUAAUUAACCCUUCCGGCUAGCGCUUUGCUGUCGCAACCCCGCUCGGGCGGGCGCUGGCCUCUCCCCUCCCUCCGCAUCCUCGUCCUGCGGGCGCCGUGCCCUCGGGGACCGGCUGGUGGCAUCCGCCGCCGCCGGCAGCCCCCGGGCCCGCGGCAGGGACAGCUUGCAGGGAACGACUCCCGCCGGGCGCUUCGGCCCCGGCGCCACCGGAGCCCGCGGGACGCUGCCAGCGCGAAGCUGGGCGCUCGCCCCGGCACCCACGCGAAGCGUCUGCAGGAGCCCGGGGCCUCGUCUCCGCGGCCGGAGGGAGGACGGGCGGCGAGCGGGGUUAUCCGGAGGAGGCACGGGCCAGAAUUGGACGGAGGCUCCGGCUGGGGAGAAUUUCUGCUUAUGCGGCACAUUCGCCUCCCCCUCUGCCCUCGAUGUUUGGAUUAUUUUCGCAUGAGAACAGGAUCCCGGUUUCUCAACAGUUCACCCAUCCCUGCUGCUCCGGCGUCUCUGCUCCGCUCGUCCCGCUGAUGCAAGUGCCGACGGCGCUGCUCCCAUCUGGGAGCCGUCGCGGCCCCGGCGCCAGGCUGCCGGCACGCCGCGCCGCAGCCCCGACCGCCCUCGCCGGCAAGGAAACCGCCUCCAGCCCCGCGCGCGGAGGAGCCCCCCGAGCCCGGCCCUAGCACUUAUCCGAAGGGGCCGGGCGUCGCGCGGCUCCGGCCCCGGGAUGCUCCCUGCUCUCCCCCGGCUGGCAGCACCCACCGUGCGGGAGCCAAGGGACGCCGCGGCCGCGCUCCCGCGUAGCACUUAGGGACCGCUCCGGGCGAGACGCGGCAAGGUGCCGAGGGAGCCACCGGCUCCGGGGAGCACCAUGGGGCCGGGAUAUUUCGGGAUAUUUAGCACUUGUCCCCGGCUCCCCCUCCGCCCAUCUCAAAGCGCUUACGAAGACGAGGCCGCCGCGGAGCCGAGCCCGGCCGCCCUGCCUCGCUCCGAAGCACUUAGGGCCCCGCUCGCGCUUGGGGCUUCCAGAGCAUCGCGCAGAGGUUCGCGGGGGGCCGGGCGCGAAAGGCAGCGACGGAGCCCCACGGCGCCGGCGUAACCCGCGGGAGCCACGCACCGGCCUCCGCGACGGGAAGGGGAGGAAGCGGCGCCAGGACUGGGAAACGCCGAUGCCACCCCAGGCGCCUCGCCCAGCCCGUCCGCGCCGGCUCCGGAGGAAGACGCCCUCGGGGCGGGCCGGGGGGCUCGCUGCCGGCUCUUGCGGGAGCAGCGACCGCGGAGGGGAGGCGCACGCCUGAGCCCCCCUUGGAUAUCACGCGGGACGCCGCCGCGAGCCUCCCUGCCCUGCCCAGCCUCCCAGGAGGGGGAACAUCCCCCGAGCCGGCAACAGCUCGGCCGCCGGAGCCGGGAGGGCGACGCACCCCCCCUCCCUGCUGUAUAGUGCCUUUUGGGGAGCUGCUUCCUCCCCCCGCACCGAGGAGGGGGCAGCGCCCCGCGUCGCAGAGGGGGGAGCUCCCCGCCCGCCCUCCCUGGCUUUGCACCUCGCCGACGCUGCUACCGGCCCCCGCGGGAGAGUUCUCGUGCCGCUGCCCGGGUUCGUUUCUCCCCCGCGCUUCCCGCUCGCAGCCGCGCGCCCGGCCGCAGCCGUCAUCGCCGCAACCGCAGCCGGGCCGCACCGGCUGCCGCGCCGCCCGCCUCCGGCCGCCGGGCCGGCCGCCCCGCUCGCCCAGGGAGCAGAUCCGGCCUCCGGGAAGCAGCCCGGCAGGGGCGCGGAGCUCCGGGGCGAGGCGGCGCCGAGCUCCGGCUGCGCCGACGCCUCCCUCCCUCCGCGACCCUCGCCGCAUACUUGAGCCCGGUCCAGCUUGGAGACGGCGGCGUCGCUCUUAGCUGACCCGAGAUACGGCCCGGGGCCACAUUCUUGCAGCCACGUGGCCGCUCCCGGGCGGGCGCGUGCCGCGGGGCUGCUCCCGACCCUGGACGGCCGGAGCGGGAGAAAUGUGGUGGCAGCACGGAGAGACGGGAAAGACCGCGAGGUCCCUGGGAGCGGCACCGCUCCCGGCGGGCAGCGGCGUCGGGGCGUCCGAGGCGGAGCCGGGAGGCGCCAGCGGGCGCCCGGGGGAGAGGAGGCCGGGGGCGAGGGGCCGACGGGCGGGUGGGGGCCCGUGCCGGGGAGCGCGGCCCCCCGCCGCCCCCCGGGGCGGGUAUCGCAGCCAGGCGGCGCUGGAGAAGGAGGGACGGGGCUGCCCCGGGCACUGGGACCAGUGCGCAGGGCUGACUGGUCCCAGAGCCCCGGGCCGAGGGCAGCGUGGCGGGCUGGGUGGGCGCUCCGGGCCCCACCGGUAUGUUAUUAUUUACACUGUGUAUUGUUACUGUGCGUAACGUCUUAGCUUAUUUUUGUUUGUUCGUUUCCAUUUUGGGGGUGUUUCUUUUUCCGUUCGUUUGUUUAAUCGGGUAUCCGGAGACGCAGAGAUGAGUUUACGAGGUCGAUGGCUCAGGACAGAGGCCGCGGGGCGGGAGGGGGGCUCGGCGGGUUCAAAU